CAAAGAGCAGAGAAGAUUUCCUGCAGUAAGUGAGGGAGAGCAGAAUCAUGUCAAGGUGGUGUAAGUUUAAGGAAGAAUGGAAGAUAAAUCCUGAGUUCAGGGACUGGAUAGGACAUACAGAUGAUGCACAGCGGGUGUACUGCAAGAUAUGCAAGAAAGCAUUUGAUGUUGGCAACAUGGGCAUUUCUGCUGUUAAAAGCCAUGCCAAAGGACAGGGACACAAGAGGGUAAUGUUAAGUCGAGGCAGUGGACCACGCAUGACUGAUUUCAUCAAUCAACCUCCCACCCCUCAGAAUUCUGAAGCUAGCACGCAGGCAACAGAAUCAGAGUCAAGGAAUCAGCGAGGUCCAGCCAUCAACCUCUGUAACUCCACCUCAAGCUACACCCACAAUUGGAGCUCAUGUCUCAAGUGAAGCUGUUUUAGAAGCAGAGAUCCACUGGGUUAUUAGAUUGGCCCUUUCCAAAUAUUCUUUCAACUCCUGUUCAGAUCUGGGUUCAUUGUUUCAUCUGAUGUUCCCAGAUAGUGAAAUUGCCAAAAAAUGCACGUGGUGCAACAAAAUCAGCAUAUCUGAUAUGUUUUGGCCUUGCACCAUAUUUCAGAGACAAGCUAGUUAAAGACAUCAGACAGUCCAACAGCUAUACCAUUUCAUUUGAUGAAUGCUUCAACAAAAUUGCACAUACUGAGCAGAUGGAUGUGCUUGUGUGGUAUUGGAGUGAUGAUAAUGAAAAGGUAGUUGUACAUUAUCUGGACUCCAAGUUUCUGGGCCACACACAAUCAGAGAAGCUUGUUGAGAGCAUUAAAGCUUCCCUGUCUCCACUUGAUCCAAACAAGCUCCUGCAAAUCUCAAUGGAUGGACCAAGUGUCAACAAAAAACUUUUGAGAUUAUUUGAAGAAGACUGGACUAAGGAGGCCCCAGGUAUUAGAGGCUUGAUAAACCUAGGAACCUGUGGUCUUCAUACAGUUCAUGGAAGCUUCCAACAAGGCGAGAAGGAAAGUGGAUGGAAGAUAGGUGACAAACUAAGAGCCCUUUGGCAGCUUUUUCAUGACACACCAGCCAGACGGGAUGACUUUAUUGAAAUUACCAAAACAUCAACAUUCCCUCUAAAAUUUUGUGCUCACAGGUGGGUGGAGGACUUGCCAGUGGCAGACAGAGCACUCAAGAUUUGGCCUCAUGUUGAAAAAUUUAUCGACAAUUACAAGAAACUCCCAAAGAGUAAAGUGCCAAUGUCAGCAUCAUACACUGUGGUCAGAGAGGCUGUUGGUGACCCUCUUUUUGAGGCAAAGCUACAGUUUUUUGCCUAUGUGGCAAGGCAGCUGAAACCCUUCCUUGAGGCUUUCCAGACCGACGCCCCCAUGAAUCCAUUUUUGGCAAAAGACCUUCAGAUCCUCCUGAAGAGUUUGAUUUCAUGCUUUAUGAAGAGGGAGGUGCUGGAAAACAUCAAAACACCUGUCCAGAUGCUGAAAACUGAUGUACAGGACAAAGCACUCCAUUUGCCACUGAAAGAGGUGGAUCUGGGAUUUGCCACCAAACAAGCUCUUGAAAAAGCCUCAGAGAAGCUGCUUGAAAAACUGCUGCUGGGUCAACAGUUUCGGAGAGAAUGUGUAGCCUUCCUGUCUGCAACAGCAAAGAAACUGCUGGACAAAUGCCCUUUGAAUUAUGCAGCAGUAAGACACAUGGCAUGCCUAGAUCCAGUAACUAUGAUCAGUGACCAAAGGAGUGCCAUCUCCAUGUUUGAGAAGCUCUUACAGCUGCUUCUUAAUGCCAACUGGCACACAGCAGAGGACUGUGACCAAAUUCUCAGUGAGUACAAAAUGUUCCUCACUGAAAUAGUGCAGCACCAUAAGGAGGAAUUUCAAGGGUACAGAAGUAGUUCCUGUUGGCUGGACACAUUCAUGGGAAGACUUGCUGGUGGCAAAGCAGAGUACGCAAUUCUCUGGAAAUCAAUGAAAGACCUAUUCACCUUGUCACAUGGGCAAGCAGUGGUUGAGAGAGGGUACUCUGUGAAUAAGGACAUGCUAGUUGCAAAUCUGAAAGAAAGGACUCUGAUGUGUCUGUGCCUAAUCCAAGAUUCUUUGACUGAUUGCUCAUUUGAUGGGGUAUUGCCAAAGCCCUUCUUGCAGCAUUGCAGAAAUGCCAGGAUGCGAUAUGUCCAAUACCUUGAUGAUGAAAAAAGAAGAAAAAGGAAACUGAAAAUGACCAGCAGAGAGAAGAGCUCUGCUCUGAAAUCACAAAAGUGGCAGCAAAGAGACAAAAUAAUCACUAGCAUCAAGGCAAUGCAAACAGAAGCAGAUGCAAUGGCAGAGAAGGCUGAGAGAAAACAGGACUUUACACUGCUCACAAAAUCUAAUGCCUACCGUAAAAGUGUUGCUGAAAAAAGAAAGAGGUCAUUGAUCUGGAUGCAGUUUUGUCAGACCUCAAGGAACGUCUUCAGAGGUGUAAGGAGAGCAACACCAGUAUUGUUCCUGAACCUAGGCAUGCACCAGAUGCCUUUUUCAUAGGUUACACCAUAGUGACUUUUAGAUUGUUUUCCAGAAUACUGGAGUUCAGGGUGUUAUACUUUUUUGUCUAGUUUUCUUUCUAGUUUAACAAGUUUUCAACUCGGGGAUUGAUGGCAAGGCUAUCAUGAUUUAAAAUGGUUGUAUUUAGCUACUUUUCCCAAAAAGAUAAGUUCUUUAUUAUGAUCUUUAUCAUUGAGUUAUGCAAAUUCUACAACUGCUGUACAAGGCACUU